AAAAAAAAAAAAAAAAAAAAAAAGCUGUGUUGAAACAGAACAGGAGGAUCCAAUCCAAGUUACAAGUGGAUUUGGUUUUCUCCAGUUUCAAUAAGACAACCCAUAAUCUCUGCCUCUGUCUCUGUCUCUGCACGAACACGAACACGAACACGAACACAAAACACAAAACCCCAACCCUAACCCUAAAAACGUCGCAGCAGAGAAGAACCAGAAGCUUUAGCGGAAGAGAUGGCGACGGCUAUGGUGAUCAUAAACUGCAUCAUACUCGCCAUUGGAAACUGCGGAGGACCUCUGAUCAUGCGUCUCUACUUCAACAAUGGCGGAAACCGGAUCUGGUUUUCCAGUUUCCUCGAAACCGCCGGGUUUCCCGUCAUCCUCCUCCCCCUCCUCUUCUUCUACCUUCAACGCCGUCGAACAGACACCAAGACCAGUUUCUUCCUGAUGAAGCCACGUCUUCUAAUGGCCUCCAUCAUCGUCGGCGUGCUCUCAGGCUUUGAUAACUACUUAUACGCUUACGGUUUAGCUUUUUUACCCGUUUCGACAGCCGCCCUUAUCAUCGCCUCUCAGUUAGCGUUCAUCGCCGUCUUCUCGUUCUUCAUGGUCAAGCACAAGUUCACUCAUUUCACCAUUAACGCCGUCGUGUUAUUGACCAUUGGAGCUGCUGUCUUGGGAAUGCAUACGGAAGCAGACAAGCCUGUUGAAGAAUCUCACAAGCAAUACGUCAUGGGUUUCAUCAUGGCUGCCGGGGCCGCCAUUAUGUACGCUUUUAUCUUACCGUUGGUGGAGUUGUCUUACAGGAAAGCCCGACAACCGAUCACUUACACGCUUGUCCUCGAGGUUCAGAUGGUUCUUUGCUUCUUCGCUAGUUGUGUCUGUAUCGGGGGAAUGUACUUCGCUGGCGACUUCAAGGCACUACCUGUAGAAGCAGAUAACUUCAAGCUCGGAACGUCAAUGUUCUACCUCGUGGUCAUAUUCUCCGCUAUAAUCUGGCAAGGAUUCUUUCUGGGCGCCAUUGGACUCAUCUUCUCUGCAUCUUCUCUCGUCUCGGGCAUUAUGAUCUCGGUCCUGCUUCCCAUCACAGAGGUCUUAGCAGUCAUUAUCUUUCACGAAAAGUUUCCGCCCGAGAAAGCCGUUUCUCUCGUCCUCUCCCUCUGGGGAUUUGUCUCUUACUUCUACGGUGAGGUGAAAUCCGAGAAGGCAGCUAAGCAAAGCGAGGAGAUAGAGGCGCCUCCUCGGCUUCCAGAACCAUAGUCACCUGACUCAGUUCAACAAAACA